AUGGAGAACAGAGUGCAGAAAGGUCCUAGGCAACCUAAAAAGAAGAACCCGCAAGAGCCGACCUCCUCUCCAGCAGAAAAGCCAGAUGAAAACAUGGAGACUGAAGAGGAUGAGGAGGAGGAUGACAGCAGCUCAGGAUGGGCAAUUCCUAUCACUUCGUGUUUGUUCUGCCCACAAACAACAUCUUCAAAAGAAGAGGCAGGAGAGCAUAUGAGAUUUCAACACGGAUUUGCUUUACCUGAUAGGAAGUACUUGGUUGACGAAGACGGUAUGCUUAAGUAUUUAGGGCUGAAAGUAGGAGCUGGGCGUUGCUGCAUUUUUUGCCCAGAUAUACGGAGCCGCUUCGCUACUGUGGCCGCAUGUCAAGCUCAUAUGCGAGAUAAACAACACUGUAAGGUGAACCGCGAGCCAGAAGGCAUGUUGGAGUUCGCGGAGUAUUACGAUUACAGACUUUGA